UGAAAAAAUGGGGUAAACCCAUUCUGUUUAAUUGAAAAAAAAAUGAAUGUUAAGAAAGAAACUUAUCCAAAUCAAUCAUUAGAAUUUGGCAAUGCAGGUUAUGUAAAAAGAUAAUUUGACAACGGAAUUUGGAAAGAGAAUUUCAGAGCUAAAAAGAUGAGGUUUUGUUGCUCGACAGAAGACAGAUGGACCUAGAUCUCAUUUGUUAAGUUCGGACCAUAUAUAAAGUGAACCGUAUCCACAAAAGGAAAUUUCAUUGGGCCGAACGAACUUACCAAAGGAAAUCCAGAUCCAGAUCCAUUUGUCAGGCAAGAAAAUAAAUUCUCUUCUCAAAUCAAACCCCCCUGACCCGUGGAUGGAGAUUUCUUCUGUUGCUGCAAAUUAAUAAUUAGAAUGGCGAGAAUCAUCAAAAAUGUUGCUGCAUCUUUAACCCCGGUAUUACUGGCGUAUACGAGGAGGACUCCCUGUAGAAAUUACAGCUCUUCAUCAUCCAUCUUCGUCAACCCCCAAUUGAAGAACAGCAGUGCCAAUAUUAGCCGUAGUCUAAUUUAUAGACAAGAUCGGCCUCUAAAUCUUCAGUUGUUCUCUUCUCUCGCUGAGAAUAAUAAUAAGAGACCACCGUCCAGUUCCGUAUGUCCUGAGGUGAAAUCUGAACAUCUUCUUCACAAGAAACCAAGUGAUUUUCCCUUCAAAAUUGAAGAUAAACCAGGGAAGCAAACGGUAACAUUGACUAGAGAAUACCGGGGUGAUGAUAUCAAAGUCAUUGUUCACAUGCCUGCAGGUCGUUCCUCUACUGUGGAAGAAAGAAGUGAUGAAUCGGAUAACCAGGAUCAUGACCAGCACAAGGAUAGUGUAGGUGAUCCACAAUCCAGCAUUCGCCUAGUUGUAUCUCGUACGAAUUAUUUCGGGACUACUUUGGAGUACGGUGUCAUUGCUUAUCCAGAUGAUUUUUCGAUAGAAAGUUUCUGUAUCAAGUACGCAAAUGCUCCAGAUGAAGAAAAUAUCUAUUACAGAGGACCUGACUAUGCGAAAUUGGAUAGUAACUUGCAGAAAGAAUUCCAAAGACGUUUGAAGAUCAUAGGGAUCAUACCCAGCACCACCAACUUCUUACAUGAGUACAUGACAAACAGAGACAUGUGCUCGUCAGAUUCAGCCAAUUCGCCUCCUCUUACUGAUCAAUCUCCCACUGAAUCCAUCCAAUCUACAUUGAUUAAUGAUGAAGGGAUUCCCGUCGACUUUGCAGUCGAAGUUUUUAGACAAAGAGGGCAUCCACUUGUCAGUGCUGAGGAUAUCCGCAACAGUGGAAAGAAUCACAAAGACUUCAUUUGGAUUCCGUAUCCAUAUACUCGUAGUGAGAAGCUAAUGUGGGUUGAAAUACCUAGCAAGGGUUUCUUCGCUUCUGAAAGCGAACUUCAACGUGAAGUUGAACAAGACCUUGCUGAUCAACGUGCUGAAGAUUUAUUAUUCCUUGACGGUGAAGCUGACAAUUCUUAUAGAUGUUUACCUCCUAAAGAUGUAGGAGAUUCCCCUGUUUUCUCCGAAGAGAUGGAUAAGAUAUUGUAUCCUGAUUUGAAACAUAUGGAAGUUGUGCCUGAUUUUGAAGAGGCUUGGGAAAACUGCAGAAUUGCCCUAAAACCACACAAUGAUGAUAUGAAUAAAAUAAUGUAUCCUCCUUAUGGACGUCCGGCUGUUCUUGAAUUUGCGAGUGAUUUUGAACCUGAACAUUAUCAGGUAUAUUGUAUGUGAAUUUGAGAUAAUUGGCUUGUCGUUUCUACAUUUUGAUUCUUAAUUUCUUACCGACUCAUUAUCAUA